AUGAUUGAGAACAAUAUGUACCGUGGUGGUUGCAUGGUGUUGCUUCAGGCACUUCUCACACAGGCUUGUCGCACGAUUCUUGCCUUUUGUGUUGUCACCAACAACAGCACCUCCCUCAACUUACGUCUGGUUGCCAUGGCGAGUUCGUAUGUGGCAACCUCCGAGGCGGCAUCUCUCAUUGAGAACAUGGGCAAACAUGUGCUUCUCACGGCGGUGCACUUCCUCUACUGUGAGCACCAUCCUCAUAGAGCUUGCCAGCAUUAUCAUGGAGAGAUUGCCGCUGCCGUUGGAGCGGUUUUACAAAACUCUUCCCUGCGUUCGAGCAUCAUCGCCGCGUUGACGGAAUUCAUUACGCGGAAAUGGAAAAAAGACGAGGACUCAAUUGCUCCCCUGCUUCGGUGUGCCUUGUCGGCUGGUCCUAUAGAGUACCUCACGACUCACUCCGCUUCCGAGUCGCUGAAAGCUCCCUUGAUGCUUCUACUGCAGGUGUUUCCUGAGUUGGCAAGGAGUGGAGCAUCGGCCGAAGUCGCCUGUGGCUGUCCUCAUCAGUGGUUCAGAGAGACUUUGCCGUUUGCUUUGUUGACUAUGUCGAUGGAGCAACAUGCCCGGACGUGGCGGCGGACGUCACUUCUGCUGAUGGCAUUUGUGCGCUGGCAGCAGCGUCAUGGCAUGCACUUGUUGCGAGGCCUUGCCUCCUACACCACAUCGCCGCCCAAAGAAAGUGCCACACAAGUCCCAAGCACGGUCUCUAGUGAACACGCGGAGUGGCCCGCGGCUCUGCAACUGCAAGACGCAGCACUGAAACAAGCCCCAACAUGUGGUGGUAGCAGAAAUAUGAACACCAACAUUAACAAGAGCUGCAGCGGCAGCAGCCUUGCCUUAACUCAAAACUUUGAAAAAGUUUUUGUGGAAGCAAACACAAUAGGGCAAGCAGUAGUACCACGCACUGAGGCUUCUCCAGUGAAGAGUAAGCUUGAUGCUGCGACAAUCACUGAUGCGCAUGCCAGUGCGAAAUUACUUAGAUCUUUGUUUUUAGAAUGUGACAAGUUGACGUCGUUACGCCUUAAGCGUCAGACGUUUCAGAUUUGGCGCGAUGUACGCCUUGUGGAGCGUUGUAAUCUCAAGCGUAUUAUUUUCCAAUCUAUGUGGCGAAGAAAACAAUUAUGUUGGGUGCAGUGGAGGCACAGAAUGGAAUGUCGUCGCAUUGCCAACAGGAAAAAAUGUGCGACAGAGCAGUGUCACAACCUUAUUGAGAGAAAAAGAGAACGUCUCCGUCAACAAGCUUGGAGGUGCUGGAAGGCAUCCUUCUUAGUGAGGCAGUUUCGUAUACAUACAUCUGGACGCCGUUUCUUUGGUGUGUGGCGUUGUGCCUACAUCUUUGCUAUUCACGUGCAGGGGAAAGCUCUGCCACUGAUUGCGAAGCGUGCCCUCGCCUUACGGUGUCUGGAGCGCUGGCGGGAGGUGUACCUAGGUCAUGUGGCGGAUCGUAUGCUUAUGCAGCGCUCAUUUCUUCACAUUAAAAAUUAUCUUAGGCGCCGAUUGGAGGGUCGUCAGCUUGAUGAGAUUGCCAGGGCGCAUGCAAGACGAUUUCUGCAACAAAGUUGUUUGAAUCAGUGGCGCAAAAUGUAUCGACUUUUUCUUAUGUAUUCUCAAUUUACUCAAGCCUUGGGGCGGCGCCUUCUUUAUCACACUCUGUUAAUUUGGCGUCGUCAUUGGGUGCGAAAGAUAGGUGGAAUUGGUCGCAUGCAAACGUACCUUGCGAUAAAACAGCGGCGGCGCAUUGUAUACACCUUUACCCAUUGGAAGCGUAAGACACACCUGAAGCAGCUUCAUCAGCAGCUGGUUUUCAACCGGCUGCGAAGGACAUGUCACGUGCUAUGGAAUCGAUGGGUGCAGCGCGUACUAUUUCAUCAAGGAAUAGAAAAGGAUCGUGUUGCUUUGGCUGUAUUCAUGCAUCACCGUUUUCUACUAUUUGGUACAUGGCGCCUGUGGCGGUGGCGUUGUGUCCGGCGUGAAGAGAAUCGCUGUGCCAUGGACAAGGCUGCAUUGAUAUUGCAAGCAAAGGUCAUGCAUGAAAAUCAGCUGCUGGCGUCAGCGUGGUAUAGAUGGAAGGGGAAGAGUCACUUGAUGCGGCAGCGAUGUCCUGUUGGUGGUUUUGUUCCUUCUAGUUUGAACACGUAUCUUGGCGUUAAUCGUAGCUUUCCUCGCGCUAACAUGUCGACAAUCAGUUCCCCAUCUCGUCGCACAGGAAAUAUUCAGGGUUUUUCCGUAUCUUUUGCGGAACCGCGUUUAACCCCACCUCGAAGGGAUCCCUUGGCCGCACUGCGGGCGGAACGAGUGUUGCUGCAAGGUAUUGAGUCCCCGCGGUGGCAGUCGAAGGCUCAGUCGCGCUUGUUUGAUGCUAGCCGAAGUGAAAUCAGUGUCUGGAAUAGCCCGGAGCCGUGGAGACGAUGUAAGGAAGAAGCGAGGACUAUCAUUAUGAUGCCAUCUGAUGUCGAGGACGACAACUCCCCGUCAGCUGAGAGCAGCCAUGUAUUGCUGUGA